UGGCAAUGACAGAUAAAGCCGAUUUUUAUGCAUGAAAAUCAGGUGGGAAAUUGCCUAAGAAAUCUGACAAAUAUUAGGGAAGCAAAAUGAGAGAUGAUGCCAACCGCUAUUUACAAUUUCUCCCUCAUUUUUCUUUUUUCCCUUUGGUCUUGCCCCUUUCUAGUUUUGGUCACCUCUCUUGAUAUUAUCAUGUAUGGUGUCAAACAACCUUCAGCUUCUUUCUGGUUUCCAUUUUCUGCAUAUUUCUGAAAAUGCUACUGAUUAAAGGCUUUCGAACUAUUCCUAUCAGAAUAGGAAUAUUCCAAGCCCCUCGUAACGGUUCCCGAGAUACAGCCGGAAAAGAUCAAGAAAAGGUGGCAAGUAGUGGCGGUAAUGGUUCCCACGACACGGCUGAGAAUGAUAAAGAAGAGGCGGCAAUUAGUGGCGGUAAUGGUUCCCAUGACACGGCUGGGAAAGAUCAUGAAAAGGAGGCAAUUAGUAGCAGUAAUGGUUCCAGCGACACUGCAGAAAAUGUGGCAAUUAGUGGCAACAAUGUUUUCCACGAGGGCCUUAGCAAUACAGGAGAAGGACAAGAAAAUGCAACUAUUACUGUUGCAGCCAGAACCUUAAAGCGAUCUGGGUUCUCUGAUUCUUUUUCACCUCAUGACAUGAGAUCUUUCAACGCGGAGGAAAUGGAGGGAGGUGAAAAAAUGGGUGUGGUGGACGAAGUUGGUGUAGAAGAAUCUUCUCCAAGAGUAGAUCAGGAAGACAGAUCAACUAGCUUAGAAGCUGAAGCUGAAACAGCUUCUAAAGCCAGCACUUCAGGAUCAGAUGGCCAUCCACAUCAUUACUUAGUUGCCACCCAGUGGCGCGACUUCUUUCGUGUAUUCAAGAAGGGAAAUGCGAAACGCAUACAGACCUUCCCUCUGAAGAAACAAGGUCCGAGGCUUACCAGAACUAAAACCAGAAGAAUGAGAGAGGAAUUGAUUCCAGUUAUAAGCUCCCCUCUGGAUGCUGAACUUUGCUAUCUGAAAUCUUCAUGGAAGAACUUUGCAUUGGCAGACAUUAAAGCUGCAACUAAUGAUUUUAGCCAGGAUAACUUGAUUGGACAGGGAGGCUAUGCUGAAGUUUACAAAGGGCAAUUAGAAGAUGGGCAGCUUGUCGCAAUAAAAAGGCUGACCAGAGGUUCUGCAGAGGAGAUGACAGUUGAUUUCUUAUCUGAGCUUGGGAUUAUGGUACACGUUGACCAUCCCAAUAUCGCUAAAGUGAUUGGAUAUGGAGUUGAAGGAGGGAUGCAUCUUGUGCUUCAAUUGUCUGCCCAUGGAAGCCUAGCAUCUUUACUUUACGGCCCAAGAGAAAAACUGGAUUGGGGACUCAGAUAUAAGAUUGCUCUAGGAACUGCAAUAGGCCUUCAGUAUCUGCAUGAAGACUGCCAAAGGAGAAUUAUCCACAAGGAUAUUAAGGCUGCUAAUAUAUUACUCAGCGAGGAUUUUGAGGCUCAGAUUUCUGAUUUCGGACUUGCAAAAUGGUUACCUGAGCAUUGGACUCAUCAUACUGUAUCAAAAGUUGAAGGGACAUUUGGGUACAUUCCUCCUGAGUUCUUCAUGCAUGGGAUAGUUGAUGAGAAAACUGAUGUUUAUGCUUAUGGUGUAAUACUACUGGAGCUCAUUACUGGAAAGCAAGCUAUAGAUAGUUCUCAGCAAAGCCUUGUGAUGUGGGCGAAACCUUUGCUUAUGAAGAAUAGUAUCAAGGAGCUUGUUGACACAAUUCUUGGAGAUUCCUAUGACGAGAAACAGAUGGAACGUUUGGUCCUGACAGCUUCUUUUUGUAUACAUCAGUCUUCGACACAACGACCUCAAAUGCACCAGGUUGUAGAGAUUCUACAAGGAAAUGAGCAUGUUCUGGAAGAGGUAAAAGAUCUCCAAAAGUCUAUACCCCAAAGAACAUACUCUGAGGAGCUCCUUGAUGCAGACGAAUACAACUCCACAAAGCAUCUAAACGAUCUAAAUCGACAGAUGGAGGUUCUUUUAGACAGUUAUGACAGCUCCAGGAUUACAGAAGAUCUCAAUCUUGAAGCAGAUUAAAUAAAGCCCAAACCAUCCUUAGUUUUUUCACCUGAACGAUGUAGUGCUUCUUGAAACUCGAUUCUUCCAUGAAUCUAUAGAUUCUGUGUUCUUGAUGUUGCUCCCAGAAGCCCAAGAAAAACAUCGAGUCAAUACUCACCAAGAUGAACCCAAAACCACAGGACUAAACAGUUUCGAAAAGAGGCCGCCAAUGUAUACUGAGAGAUACACAAUGCACUGGCGACCAACUGAUAUAUCAGCAUUUCUGCUGUAUGAAGGUGUGAUCAAAAUGUGAGGGAGAACCUUAUAAAUGUAUAUUUUCGUUUAUUACAAUUUAAAGAUAUUUGUUUUUUUUAUUAUUUAUAAUUUGUAAUAAACAUUUUCAAUUUCCAUUUGUAAAACAAAAUGUUACACAAA